GUAACCUUGUUGUCAAUAUAAACAUAAAAUUUUAAAAUUCACCACGUUUAUACAAUAUUUUAGGGGUUAAUGCAUUCUGUUCUGAUUGAUUUAUGAUUCUCUUUAUUUGAAAGAAACUAAGGUGAGAACCCAGAAGAACGAUGAACUACAAGGGUUUAAUUCAAGACUGUGUGGCAGUGCUUAACUCCUACAAUCCUGUGACAUCAUCAGUUGAAGAACAUGUCAACUCUUACAUCAAAAAGAGACCAAGUCUUGAUGAGAGUGACCACACCUUCAUUGUUGAGGUGUUUUCUGGUUGUAUCAGAUAUGACAAUAUAAUGAAGGUCGUCAUGGAUGGCUUCUUUGCAAAGGAUGGAAGAAGAGUUCUGAGAUCAGAAAAGAAUUUAUAUAUAGUAUUUGCCUAUAUAGCAUUGUUCCGGUUGGAUGAACUUGGGAUGUCACACUUCAGGAAGUUUGUCCGAUCUCAGGAUGUUAAUAAAAUGUAUAGGUUUUUGAAUUUCUUCCUUAAUGAGAAGAACUUAAGGACAUGGAUUCGUGAUGAGUGGAAUAAACUGUAUGAGAGCACAUUUGUGCAGACAAACCUAAUAUCACCAAUUCUAAGUUGGCUUCCAGAGCUUCAAGAGUUGAUAGAACAACUGUCUGAUAGAAUUGCAAACAAAGUGAAACCAAAGAAACCCCCAGUCCACACAACAGACAUCAAAGCAUUCAACAUAACCCAGCCAAGACCAAGAGCUGUCCCCAUGCCAGAACCAAUUCCUAAGUUGAAAAAGUUUGUUGCUACAGCUCCAAAAAUAUUUGAAGAGCCCAAGGAAUUGGGAAGAAUUGCUCACAAGAAAGAAAUCAACCGUAGAAAGGCUGAGG